ACAUAGACGUCGUCGGAUAGCCUUCGCCUACGAUAUAAUUGCGUUUUCCCUUCUACCGACCAAGCAAACAACUUCUACGGCGGAACAAUAGAUGCUGUCAUUAUCGCGUCCGAUGCGAUAAAAGAUUACCUUUUAAUUCUAGCAGUCGCUUGCUGAAUAUCAGUCAGCUUCCCUUGACGGUUUGCUGAGCUGCAACAGCAAUGGCUCCGGUCGUUGUGACCGCGGUACCGCCGCCCGUACCUCCCAAGAUUAAACGUCAGCCUCCCAUUGUGCAAACAAAUGGCGCUUCUCAGCAGCAGUCGUCGUCUCCCUCUAUUUCGGCCAAGAAACCGCCUCCCAUCACUGCUCCUAGACAAAACCAGCCGUUGAACUCGACAAGCGCAAAUGCAAAUGGCGCGCCUGGUAAUUCAAGUCGCCCCACCGCGCCUCGUUCUCGGCGUGAUACUCUCAACACCUCCGGUGCCCGUGGCCAAAAGAUCAGUGCUGCACUCCGAUCGACUGGAUUGGGCCGUGAAAAAAAUGCAACCCACCUAUUUGAACCCCGUCCUGAAGUUAAAGAUGAAACCGAGUACAUAUUGAGAAAGUUUGCCGGAAGCCCUCCAUCCUUGGUCGUCCAUAUGCAUCCAAACCACUUUCGAUUCGAUGCACAGGAGGGUAUCUUCCCAUAUAAAUCACCCAUGAGAAUAUUCCUUGACCAUAUCCGUACUCGAACUGUACCUCACGAUUUACUGUUAGACUUGACCGAAGCCGGUGUACCAUUCUACGAAGGUUGUCUGAUCGUGCAGAUACAUGAUCAUAAAUCACUCGCGCAGGCGAAGGAAGUAGCUCGACCUGUUUCGAAAUCAAACUCGAGCCUUCCUUUCUCAAUACAUAACUCCAACCCAUACAUCACCCCGUCUCCUUACGUCCCCUACCCAAAGGAAAACAUGGACGGUGCCGACCAAGGACCAUCGAAUCCAACGAAACCAGCAGCUUCGGAUGAGGAAUCGGACACCAAAGAGAAUGGCAACGCACAAAAUUCCGGCUCUACCACGCAUAACAGCAAAGACACGCCAAAGGUUGCCAAAGUGUAUACUGUCGUACUUCAUCCGACGCCAGAAAGUUUAUAUAGGGAUUUAAUGAUCAAGGCGACAACCCCUAAAGGAUCUAUAGAUGGCAAAAUCGGUACUGAUGCUUCUAUGCCACCACCUACACCUUUAUCUGCCGUUCCGCCCACACCGUCUGCGGGUAGCAUGCCACCCCCAGCAAAAAAGCAGAAGCGAGAAAAAAUGGAGAUUAGUGGUAAUGAGUUCUACGCUGUUGAGUCACAAAUUUUGCUGGCUACGACUGCCCCGCUCCAUCUAGAAGUUCCCAGGACCAAGGAGGAUGCUAUCACUCGUAUAGGAGAGCUAUCCGACCCGAAGCAUUCUGAACCUCCUCCUAAACCUAAGACCAGGAAACGGACAGUGGCUGAAAGAGAGGCAGACAAAGCCCUCGCUGAAGAGCAUGAAAAAUACAUGCUCACUUAUGAUGAACGCCUAUCAUCAACAAUCAGCUCCAAUCAAGGAAGUACCGAGGCUGCGGAUGGUAAUAACUCAUCCGGGGCUUCCUCUUUUGAACCACGAUUUGAGAAGUUUAAUAUCCUCACUGUCAUCAAGAAGGAGCAUGCCGAAAAGAAGGAACAGGAAAGGCUACGACAAGCCGAGAACGAGCGCAAAAUGGCCUUACAAAAGCAACAGCAACAGCAAGCAGCAGAGCAACAGCAGCUCCAGCAGCGGCAACAUGCAGCGGAGUUGGAAGCCAAACGCCGCGAAGAGGCCGCCCGGACCGCUGCCCCUAUACGUUUGCCGCAGGAUAAUAACGCUCAACGGAUGCUCGCCCAACAGCGUGCUCAACAAGCCCAAGUUCAGCAGCAGCAGCAGCAACAACAACAACAACAACAAGCUCAGCCACAAGCCACAGCUGCUGCCGUCCAGUCCCCGCAAAAUACACAGAUCAGCCCUAUGCCUCAGGCUUCCCACGGGCAUCCAACACAAAAUGGAGCGAUGCCAAAUGGUUUGACCAACGGGAUACCAGCAGCACAAGCUCAGCGAUUUGUGCAAGGCGUAUCACAGGCUCCUGUUUCCUCGCCUAUUCCACGACAAAACACACCACAAAACCUGUCGAGUCCUAUGGUUGGCAGUAUGCCUAUGUCCCACCCUAUGUCGCAAACGAAUUCAGGCAUGGGAGGAAGUCCACCGAGACCGCCUUCUGUUGUUCAGGCCCAGGUGCCCAUAUCUGUUCCCAUGGCUGCUAAUAUGUCGCAACGUGGUAGUCAACAAAGUCAUCCUUCUAAUACUCCUCGCAUGCCCAGCGCAACUCCUCAAAUGCCGCACGGCACACCCAUCAACCGGCCAGUGCCGACUCCUCGCAUGACCCAAGCCAGUCCACCACCGGGCAUGGCAGCACAUGGGUCGCCAAUAGGCCAAAAUAUCAAUAUGGGCCAUCAGAAUAUGGGCCAACCCAUGACACAACAACAACUGUUAGCAGCGCAAAUAGCAGCAGCACAGCAUCACCAGGCACGGCAACGCGCUGUCCAACACCAGCAGAAUCAGCUUCAAGCCAUGCAAAACAGUAUGAUGAACGGCCAAAAUCCACAGUUGCAGCAGCAGCAACAGCAACAGCAACAACAACAGCAGCAGCAGCAGCAGCAACAUUUGUUCCAGCAACAACAACAACAACAUCAGCAGCAGCUCAUGCGCCAGCAAAUGAUGCUCAACGGACAGGGCCAAGGUAUGCUUAACGCACAACAACAAGCACAGCUACGAUAUCAAGCAGCGCAACAGGCGCAGGCGCAGAUGCAGGGACAGAUGCAAGGCGCCAUGCAAGGUCAAAUGCCUGGGUCACACAUGGCAAAUCAGAGCUUUGCUAACAUGAAUGGCAUGAACCCAACGCAACUAGCUAUGAUGCAACACCUACAGCAGCGAGGGCAAGUCAGGACUCCCAUGAACAUGCAACAACUUAAUGUGCAGCAAGUCCGGAUACGGCAUCAACAGCUCUAUCAGUCAGCUCUUCCUAACCUCAUCAACCAAUACGGCGGAGAGAAUAUGAUUCCGGCUGAUGUGGUGGAAAAACUCAAGGCUAGUUGCAUGGCGAAGGCACAGCAGGAUAUAGCUAGAUUCCGCCAUAUGCAGAUGCAGCAACAACAACAGCAAGCCGCGCAACAGCAGCAACAACAGCAGCAGCAGCAACUAGCACAACAGAACGAUAUGGGAAAUAUGGGUAUGAUGCAAGGCAUGUAGAACGGGUUCAAAUUCAUCUCCCAGUCAUUGGAGACACAAAUGGAAGAGGACGCUAAUCCAUGCAACCUCGAAUGAUAAGUCUGUGGCAUACUGGGGCCAUCUGGAACGGCCGUCAUGUCACUUGCGCUGAAUGAUGAUUGUUUAUCUCGGGCAUGGCUAGGUGUAGCUAUAGAAGGGAAAGCGGCGUUUUAGGUGGCAGAGGAUUGGGCAGUUUGGCGUUUGGUACUCAAAUCAUGUUUCGGGUGGUGUGAGGUUUUUUACUAUACCCCUUUAUGGCGAAUUCAAGACGCAUGGUUUAUUAUUCUCACUGUGUACUUGUUUCUUUUCAUUGCCAUGUCUCUUAAGGAUCUACGGGCACGAUGUGGCCCUAUAUACAUUGGGCAUCAUAUUCUGGGAUUACUACCUAGGGAAGCAUGGCCAAAAUGCAUGGGAUAUCAUAACCAUGAUCUAUGAUGUCAAGGAGCUAGGUUGUUUCCUUGGUGGUAACUGGGUUAUGUAGUACGGUAGUUAGUACACAAAAAUUGGGCUGUGUAGGUGGGAAUCACGACCAGACCCUAUUGAAAGCGUGGAAAUGAGAAUUGCAUUUAUAUGUCCUGAUAAUGCCAAUUCCCCGGUCCCCAAAUGCGAGUGAGGCUGGAUAUAGUUACUUAGGUACCUAGUUAGUUAGAUAGUCACGUGGAGGUUCUGACAGUGCGCAUUCUGGAGA